AGAAGUGACUCCACCGAGAUAGCAGACAGGAGCAGCAGGCCUACUCCUUCGGCAGCGGCCUACUUCAGCUUAAGCAUUAAAACUACCUGACUUCUGAGAUCUACUCAGAAUUCGACGCGGUUAAACUGCGCUGGUACAAAAUGAAUGCAAUGGAGAACUUGGAGAAACAGCUGAUUUGUCCCAUAUGCCUGGAAAUAUUUACAAAGCCUGUGGUGAUUCUGCCCUGCCAACACAACCUCUGCAGGAAAUGUGCUAACGAUGUUUUCCAGGCCUCAAACCCAUACCUACCCACAAGAGCUGGCUCGCUGACGUCUGGUGGCCGCUUCCGAUGCCCGUCCUGCAGACAUGAAGUCAUUCUGGACAGACACGGUGUUUAUGGGCUGCAGAGGAACCUGCUGGUUGAGAAUAUUAUUGAUAUGUUCAAGCAGGAGUCAAGCAGCAGUAAACCAGUGCCACAGAAUAAGGAGGAAACGCCCAUGUGUGAAGUCCAUGAAGAAGAAAAGAUCAACAUCUACUGCGUGACCCACGGCGUGCCCACCUGCUCCAUGUGCAAGGUCUUUGGCGCUCACAAAGACUGUGAGGUGGCGCCGAUCACUAGCAUCUACCAGACCAAGAAGACAGAGCUGAGUGACGGGAUUGCCAUGAUGGUGAGCAACAACGACAGGAUGCAGGGCAUCAUUAGUCACCUGGAGGAAACCUGCCGCGCCAUAGAGGAGAACAGUCGCAGGCAGAAAACCCAGGUGUGUGAGAAGUUCGACCACCUGUACACCGUCCUGGAGGGCAAGAAGAGCGAGAUGAUGCAGAAAGUGACGGCCGAGCAGGACGAGAAGGUGAACUACAUCCGCGGCCUGACCCGGAAGUACGGAGACCAUCUGGAGGAGAGUUGUAAGGUCGUGGAGGCGGGAAUCCAGACCAUGGAGGAGCCGGAGGUGGCCUUGUUCCUGCAGAACAUGAAGCCUCUUCUUAAAAAGAUUUCAGAAGCGUCCAGCACGGCGCACCUGGAUAAAGUGGAGCGUGGCUACGAGAACAUGGAGCACUUCUGCGUGGACUUCAGGAAGGAGACCAAGGCCCUGCGCAGCAUCGACUUCAUCCAAGAGGCCGACGAAGACGAGGAGGACGAGGAGGAGGACAAAGAGGCGGGUGCUGAGGAGGCCGAGGGGGCUCAGACCGGGUCUGGGAGCGGCGCUGUCACCGCCGCCUCCGUCCAACCCCCCCCCCCACAGCAGCAGAGCGCCCCCCCGGUGCAGCCCUGAGCGCUGUCUCAGCCUAGACACCAGCAUGGACGUCACAGGAGCAGGAUAAGUGUCGCUUCCAGAUGCUCUUUGAGCUCAGUUAUUAUAUUUUUUCCCAAACUGGGGAACAGAGAGACUGAUUUUAGGAGGCUUAACUGACCUUACAGCGUGUUCUGAUAAGAUAAAUCCACUUCUAUUGCCUUUUGGACACACCGAACGAUAAAGGGGCUUUAAAACUUCACCGGAGCUUUUUUAAUGUUCCUUUUAUUCUACUCACUAAACUACAUCGUGGAACAGCAGCAGUGUCGUUCUUUACUAUGGCUGAUGCAACAUGAGCAACAGAGUAAAGGAAGAGCUGCCACUUUUCCACUUUUUCAAUAUUUCAUCACAAACACAGCCUGUUAAAUAUAAUAUGAGACAGGUAUGUUGAAAGAUUGUCACAUUUUGCUAUGACACCAUGUAUUAUGCUUCAUGUGCCAUUAAAACUAUGCUGUACAGUCAAGUUA